GGCAGUUUCCAGGACUUCUACCGCCUGCUGCAGACAGUGCACCAGAUCCCACGGGUGGACGUGCUCCUGGGCUACACGGACGUCCACGGUGACCUCCUGCCCAUCAACAACGAUGACAACUACCACAAAGCCCUGUCCUCUGCCAACCCUCUCCUCCGGGUCAUCGUCCAGAAGAAGGUGCGCCCUGCGCACUACCGGGCCAAGCCUCACCUCCUCAUCGGCAUGCCGCAGGACUUCCGCCAGAUCUCCUCCAUCAUUGACGUGGACAUCCUGCCCGAGACCCACCGCCGCGUGCAGCUCCACAAGCACGGCUCCGACAAACCGCUGGGUUUCUACAUCCGCGACGGCAUCAGCGUGCGUGUGGCCCCGCAGGGCGUCGAGA